AUGUCUGUCGAACUCGCCAUCAACUACGCUACCCUCAUCUUGCACGACGCUCAGGCACCAAUCACUGCCGAGAGCAUCAUCGCCCUCGCUGGCGCUGCUGGCGUCAAGGUCCCAACCCACGUUGCCCAGCUCUACGUUGCUACCUUCGCCAAGAAGAGCGUUGACAGCAUCUUGACCGUCAACGUCGCUGCUGCUGCUGCCCCAGCUGCCGCCGCCGCCGCUGCCCCAGCUGCUGCUGCUGCCAAGAAGGAGGCUCCAAAGAAGGAGGAGAAGAAGGAGGAGUCUGAUGAUGACAUGGGAAUGGGUCUCUUCGAUUAA